AUGGAAGAUUCAUACCCAAACGUAAAAGAAGCAAUGGAGGGCAACACCAGCAGUACCAAUGAUAGGUAUGCCAAGCUCAUGGAGGGCUCUUGGUUCAGUCAAUUCCGCCAUGGCUCCAACCCUUGGAUGGCCAGAUACGUUUAUGGAUUGAUGUUUCUCAUGUCAAAUCUGCUUGCUUGGGCUGUCCGUGAUUAUGGCCGUAGUGCCUUGACGGAAAUGGAAAGACUAAAAGGAUGCCAUGGCGGUAAAGACUGUUUGGGCGCGGAAGGAGUUCUGAGAGUGAGCUUGGGAUGCUUUGCAUUUUAUUUCACAAUGUUUCUUUCCACGGCUGGAACCUCAAAGUUGCAUCAACCUAGAGAACUGUGGCAUUCUGGGUGGUGGCCUUCCAAGAUUCUCCUCAUGAUUGUACUAACAGUGCUGCCUUUUUUUGUUCCUUCAGCCGCUAUUCAGCUUUAUGGUGAUCUUGCACAUUUUGGUGCCGGGGUCUUUCUACUAAUUCAGCUAAUAAGUAUAAUCAGUUUCAUUACAUGGCUGAACGAUUGUUGUCACUCUGAAAAAUACGCCAACAGAUGCCAUGUCUAUGUGAUGUUACUUGCAACCGCUGCCUAUGUUGUCUGCAUACUGGGAAUCAUUUUGAUGUAUAUUUGGUAUACUCCACAACCAUCUUGCUUUCUUAACAUGUUCUUCAUCACUUGGACACUAGUACUACUACAACUGAUGACCAGUGUCUCCCUCCACCCAAAAGUGAAUGCCGGUUUUUUGACUCCAGGGUUUAUGGGGCUUUAUGUGGUGUUCCUCUGCUGGUCUGCCAUUAGAAGCGAACCACCAGAGGCAAAAUGUAUCAAGAAAACAGACGCUGCAACUAAAGGAGACUGGCUGACCAUCAUAAGCUUUGUUGUUGCAGUCAUUGCAAUCGUUAUUGCGACAUUUUCAACAGGCAUUGAUUCGAAAUGCUUUCAGUUCAGGAAGGAUGAGACACAGGAAGAAGAUGAUGUUCCAUAUGGAUACGGAUUCUUCCAUUUUGUUUUUGCCACGGGAGCCAUGUACUUUGCAAUGCUAUUAAUUGGUUGGAACACCCAUCAUACCAUGAAAAGGUGGACCAUUGAUGUGGGUUGGACUAGUACUUGGGUCCGGAUAGUUAACGAGUGGCUUGCAGCCUGCGUUUACAUAUGGAUGUUGGUGGCUCCAAUUAUUUGGAAAAGCAGACAAACAGCUGAUGCACCACCAGCGUGA